UGUCGGUUCAUUGUUUGUUUGUCCUCCCUUCACGUUCUCAUGUUUUUUCUCUCCGGUCUUCCUCCAUGUUUUUCACGUGCCUGCUGUCAGCUCCAUCCCUGGGUGGCUGAGGCCAUGGUGUUGGUGCUACAAGCCCUGCUGCCCUGCUUCUGCACCCUGCUCUCCCUGGAACUGCUGCCUGGGGUGGAACCCGCCGUGCCCCUGGAGGACUUCUACCCCUUUGGCCAGGACGUGGGGGACUCCCAGACCAUCGCUCAGGACGACGGAGGCUCCCGGCUCGUGAAGAUCUCUGUUGCUUUCCCCUUCUUUGGAGACAGGCACACAGGACUCUAUGUCAACAACAAUGGCCUUGUAUCUUUCCUGAGGGAGGUGUCCCAGUUCACUCCUGUAGCAUUUCCGAUCGCGGGGGACAGAAGGGUUGUGGCGCCAUUCUGGGCAGAUGUGGAUAACCGUCGAGCAGGGAGAGUGUUCUAUAGAGAGAGCCAGGAGCCCUCCAGCCUGAGGAGGGCCUCAGGAGAAGUCAAGACGUACUUUUCAGAGUUCCCCAACUUCAAUGCAACAUGGGUCCUCAUCGCUACAUGGCACCAAGUGACUUUCUUUGGAGGCAGCUCUCUCACACCGGUAAAUACUUUCCAAGUGGUGCUCAUUACAGACGGAGAGCUUUCCUUCACUAUAUUCCAGUACAAUAACAUCACUUGGACCACAGGCAUGCAUUCCAGCAGUGGAGGAAACCUGGCUGGGCUGGGAGGGAUUGCAGCACAGGCAGGUUUCAAUGCUGGUGAUGGUAAGCGCUAUUUCAACAUUCCCGGCUCUCGCACUGCUGAUGUGGUAAAUGUCGAGGGAACCACUAACGUGGGCCAACCGGGCAAAUGGGUCUUUCGUAUCGAUGAUGCAAAUGUGGAAGUUGGUAGCUGCAAUGACUCUGCAUCAGUGUGCCAGCACCUGCGACCUUGUCUGAACGGAGGUCAGUGCAUAGACGACUGCAUUACAGGAAACCCCUCCUUCACUUGCUCCUGCUUGGCUGGCUUCACCGGGCAAAGAUGCCAGAUUGAUGUUGAUGAGUGUGCCUCAUAUCCGUGCCAGAACGGAGGGACUUGUGCAGACCGGAUUCAUAGUUUCCUCUGUCACUGUCCUCCUGGAUACACAGGGAGUCAGUGUGAAGCAGACAUUGACGAGUGCAAAGACAGACCAUGCCUCAACGACGCGCUGUGUGUGCAGGGCGCUGGCACUUUCACCUGUGUUUGUGAACCGGGUUACACUAGUGUCCUCUGUGAGAAAGAUAUGAACGAAUGUGAGUCACAGCCGUGUCUGAACGGAGGAGAGUGCAUGGAUCUGGUGGCCAACUUCACCUGUGUUUGCCCCGCUGCCUUCACUGGAACACUCUGUGAAACAGAACUGGUGGUGCUUCAGGUUAAUUCAACCGAGCCAGAAAACCAAACAGGCUUAUGUGGCAAUGCAAAUUGUGAAAAGAACUGGAUUUGUGAAAACACUAGCUCGGGAAUCCACAUCUGCACAUGUGCUCCAGGCUUCUACGGGGACGAGUGUGAAGAGGAAUGCCUGUGCCAGAAUGGGGGUGUGUGUGUGGAUAUCAAUGGGACUUGUGAAUGCCAGUCAGGCUACACAGGACUCUACUGUCAGUUUGAAGUAACUCAGACGCCGUGCAGCCACAGCAGGACGUGUCCUGAUGGAGGUCCCUGUUUGGAGUACGGAGGAGCCUACCUGUGCACAUGUCAGACCAGUGCAGCAGAGCUGGAUCCUAAGGACUUAUACCCCUAUGUACAGCCCCGAUCGGUCUGUGACUCCUCCCCGUGUCUGAAUGGAGGAUACUGCUACGAGCGGGAUGGAGGCUACACCUGCGAGUGCAAAUACGGAUACUGGGGGAAGCACUGUGAGAAAGUCAGACUCAAUACCUGUGCUUCUGCUCCCUGCCGCAACGGAGGCUCCUGCAAGGAGGAAGCAGGGAGCUACAGAUGUGUGUGUCCUUACAGAUUCACUGGGAAACAUUGUGAAGUGGGGAAGCCAGACCCCUGUGCCUCCAGCCCCUGUCUGAAUGGGGGGACAUGUUUCCACUACAUAGGAAAGUACAAAUGUGAAUGCACUGAACACUUUGGUGGCAGGCACUGUGAAAUAAACAGGAGCUCAGUACAGACCAGCGCAGGUGAGCAGACUGUGUGUCACCACUUCGUAAUGUCCAAAUCUCACUGA